AUUAGAAACAGAGGGCCUCUUGUCUCCGCUGCUUACAAAGGUCUUGAUAAGCUUGAGCUGCAUUUCACUAAUCUUUAAAGAACUUUAAAUUUGCUGCCCAGAGCAACUACAGUUUGGGAUAACUUGUGCUUUAAAGACAAGUCAUUUUGUCAGUGUCUAAUUUAUUCUUGUUGCUUGUCAGUGUUCAGUUUAAUUUUAUAUUAUGAUGACUUUAGCUAUAAGGAGAGUUUACCACAUUGCAGCAUUCAGCUGGUAUGCUUUUGUUGUGAAGAUUCUCGCUGCUAAGGAUGGGGAGCAGUUACCACCAGGGAUCUUUGUGUACGGAGGACCUUGGAAGUACCUUACUUUUUUGAAUUUGUUAUUACAAAUGUUAUUCUUUGGACUGGCGGCACUGAGCGAUCUACAAGCUGGUAAAAAGUCAGAGAGUACUCUGAACAGAUGUAAAGACUUUCUCUUCUCUGUCUUUGCCUUCCCUGUUGGCAUGUUUGUUGUUAUACUUUUCUGGGCGAUCUUUGCCUAUGACAGAGAAUUAGUCUACCCAGCAACUAUUGACACUUUCUUUCCCCCCUGGAUAAACCACGCUAUGCACACACUUGUCCUUCCUUUUUUACUUGGAGAAGUGGUGGUGCAGCCUCACAUCUACCCGCAGACAAAGCAUGCACUCCAAGCAUUAGGAGGUGUGGGUGCGGCAUACUUAUUUUGGAUUAUAUGGGUGUAUUUGUCAGUGGGGAUUUGGGUGUAUCCCCUUCUCGCACACUUCAGCACACCUGGCUUGGGGGGCUUCUUCUUUUUCAACAUGUCUGUGGUGGCGUUGCUCUACAUGCUCGGAAACAAGCUCAACAGCCAGUUCUGGAGUAAGACACAUUAAGUUUAUAAAUGGACAAAAACAGAGGUCUACAUGUUCAUUUGUGUCUAAUCUCUCCCAUUUGUCUCCUUCAUUCUAGGUAAGGACGUGACCAGUCGUGGACAAUAACUAAGCCCAUUUAAUCAAGUUCUGUUCUUAAGUUCAAUUUUGUCAUACAUCCACAUCCUGCUACUUUUUAAUUCUCAGCUGAAAAUAUUGCACUUUUUACUCAACAACAUAUAUUUUAUAACCUCAGUUAUUUUGAAGAUUCAGACUAACAAUACAAAAUAUAAUCAACAAAAAUGUAUCAUGUAUUACUUUAACUUAAUUGUACCCUUCACAAAAGCUACCAGGCAGUAUAUAUGUACUUCAAAAAUAAGCCCCUUCUUAAGUAGCCGCAACAUCAAAGUGAUGAACACAUUGUGUAUCAAAAACGAUAUUUCAAUAAAAAAGUAUAUACUAAUACUAAAUGA